AGUGGGCAGAUCCUGUGAACUCUUCUUGCUUGGAGAAAGCCACACACUCGCCUCUUUGCCUGGACAGCUGAUGGUGACCCUCUCCUGACCUGGUGUAACCUCAUUAUCUUGCAAACUGGCUCACCAAGAUAGACCAUUGAAAUCCGUAGACUUGUUGAUUCAAAGGGCCGGUGGUCUUGCAACACGCUGUGAGAGGGUUGCAAUGAGCGCCGGUGUAGCCUCACCUCAGUCCUGGUCCCUCUGUAGUCUAAUCAGCUUCCCUCCGCCCCCCCAACCCGAAGGGGAAGACGGAGUCUGGAAGGAGGAAAUGAUCGUCUCUCUGGUAUGAAUAAGGGUCAGCAAAGGGCGCAUUGCUCAGAACAGCGAGCCAACCCGGGUGGGAACAGACCUUCUCUGCUCCUUCAGCCUGUGGGGUUUGGAAGGAAGGCACUGCAUUUGGGAAGCCUCAGCGAUCCAGACAAGGGACCCCCUCAAGAACAGGGCCAGGGAGCCGUUUGGCCUGCCUUCAUGUGUAAAUCACAGGUUCUGAUGAGCCAAGACGGGUUUGGGAGUCUUCUGUCUGAAGCCGAGGCUAAGAAAGCAUGUGCCUGGUUGCGUGCAGCUGGAUUUCCUCAGUAUGCCCAGCUUUACGAAGAGUCCCACUUCCCCCUUGACAUCGCCUCUGUGAAGAAGGACCACAGCUUUUUGGACCGGGAUUCUCUCAAAUCCCUGUGCAGGAGGCUCAUGACCCUGAACUCCUGCGCCUCGAUGAAGCUGGAAGUCCACUUUCAGCGGAAACAGAAUGAAGACUCUGAGGACGAAGACUUCUGCGCCAUCAGCCACCAGUGGGCCUUCCAGAGGGACAGUAAAAGGUGGUCCCGGCUGGGCUCCCAGGACUUUCUCUCCUGCAGCCUGGAGCGCGACUCUGCCAUGAGGAAAGAGCCCAGCCAGGAGAGCAUCCUCACGGAUCUCAGCACCGACCUGGAGGCGGCUUCGCUCCACAGCAAUGCCAGCACCGGCAGCGCCAGGGGGACCCUCCACGCCAUGGUCGCCCUGCCCGAGACGGCCUCGUCCCCAGCCUUCAGCAGCUCCGCCCAAAGCCUUGGGGACCCCUCGCCCGCCAACCGGUCUCCCAGCCUAAGUGGGAGCAGCAAGGAGAAACCCAAGAAGCGCCGGACUCGGAGUUUCCUCAAGAAGAUCGAGUCUCUGAGGAGGAAAGACAAGGAGAAAGCAGACUCCGCUAAAGCCCGAGAGGACGAUGGGGGGCAGGCCAAGUGGUGGCAGGACCCCUCAAAAGAAGCCAGGGACUCUGAAUGUGGGAAGGCGUCUCCCCGCCUAAGGGGGGUCUCGUCUUCUUCCCACAGUGGUAAAACCCUCCCCUCCACGGAGAACCGGACUCACUGGCCGCUGGCCUCAGGGGAAGACAAGCGGCAGCCUGAGCCCAAACGUGCUGGCAUUUAUCUGGAGGACUACGAGGCCGCCCUGGGCCAAGGCGGCGGCUGGGAUGCCAGAGGGCUGGGCUACCCGGAUCCACUCCAGAGGGAUUUCCUGAUCCAUAUCCCUGGGGAUUACAAGCCAGGCACUUUCCCCAAAUCGCUCUCCAUCGAAAGCUUGUGUCCCGUCGGGAGCGGCUCUUUGGCUGACUGGAGAGCCGGCCCCAGAGGCCCGGGGCCUCCAACGGCCAGGUUGGUCCCAGGCGGGGGUGGCCGCAGCAGUGGUGUGGACGACCCUUGCCCCCAGUCCUUGGCCUACCGACCGAGCAGGAGGGCGAGGCCCUUCUGCAGCCCAACGGGCAGCUGCGCCAGCCUCUACGACAACGUGCCGGACUUUGGCAGCGGGGACGACCUCUUCGACCUGGACGGCGAGACCAUUUACGAGAACCUGGACGACGUCCUGGAGCACGUCUGGGGGUUGCAGCAGAAGGUGGAGCUGUGGUGCCGGGCGAUCCGGGUGGACCUGGAUGGGGAAAACCCCGAGGGCGAGGCGGGGGAGGAGGAGACGGACUCCGGAGGGGAACCGACCCUCCUGAACUUUGAGGAACAGUCUGUGUCGGACAUCGGCACGUCGGCCAGCGACUUCGACAGCACCGCCAACUCUCUCAACGACAUGGAAGACGUCGGGAUGAGGGAACGGAGGGACUCUGGGGUGGGAGCGUCCCUCACCAGACCUUGCAGGAAGCUCCGCUGGCACAGCUUUCAGAAUUCCCACCGUCCCAGCUUGAACUCGGCCUCCCUCGAGAUCAACCGCCAGUCGGCCGCCCGGCUCAAUCUCCUCCAGAAGUGUUCCCUCCUUCGCCUCACGGCCAUCAUGGAAAAGUACUCCAUGCCCCAGAAGCAGACGUGGGCCUGGACUGUCCCUAAGUUCAUGAAGAGGAGCAAGACCCCUGACUAUAAGGGCAAGAUGGUCUUCGGGGUGCCCCCGAUUGUCAACGUGCAACGGACGGGGCAGCCCCUGCCCCAGAGCAUCCAGCAGGCCAUGCGCUACCUCCGGGGACAGUGCCUUGACCAGGUUGGCAUUUUCCGGAAAUCCGGCGUGAAGUCUCGGAUCCAGGCCCUGCGGCACCUGAACGAAGCCUCACCGGACAACGUGAACUACGAGGGGCAAUCCGCCUACGACGUGGCUGACCUUCUGAAGCAAUACUUCCGUGACCUUCCGGAGCCCAUUUUCACCAGCAAACUGACAGAUAUGUUCCUACAGAUUUACCAGUUCGUUCCCAAAGAGCAGAGGCUCCAGGCAGUGCAAGCGGCCAUCGUGCUGAUGCCGGACGAGAACCGGGAGGUGCUGCAGACACUGCUCUACUUCCUCAGCGACAUCGCCUCUGCCGAGGAGAACCAGAUGACCUCCGGAAACCUGGCGGUGUGCCUGGCUCCGUCCCUUUUCCACCUCAACGUCUCAAAAAAGGAGAGCACCUCCCCAAGGAUGAUGCACAAGAGGGGCCUUGCGGGAAAGCCUGACCAGAAGGACCUGAACGAAAACCUGGCUGCCACACAAGGUCUCUCCCACAUGAUCUCCGAGUGCAAAAAACUCUUCCAGAUUCCCCACGACAUGAUCCUGCAGCUGUGCAACUCUUACAUGGCGGCGGAAGCUCAGCCUCUCUCCUUAUCCCAGCUGAUGAGCCGGGGCUGGCAAGGGGAGGACCAGGGCACCCGGGACUACCUGGAGGCCAGCGUCCAAAGUUUGCUGAAGGAGUCCUCGGAGCGCUUCAAGGGUUGGCUGGCCAUGGCCGGACCUCAGAAAACUGAGCUCGCCUGCAAGAAGGUCGGGGACGGGCACCCCCUGCGAUUGUGGAAGGUGUCUACCGAGGUUGAGGCUCCCCCACACGCCGUGCUUCAGCGGGUCCUCCGGGAGCGCCACCUUUGGGACGAGGACCUCCUGCAAGGGAACGUGGUCGAGGCCCUGGAGAAGGACACCGAGGUGUAUCGCUACGUGACAGACAGCAUGGCCCCCCACCCACGAAGGGAAUUUGUGGUUUUCCGGAAGUGGCACACGGAUCUGCCCCGGGGGGGUUGCCUCCUUGUGUCUCUAUCCCUGGACCAUAAGAAGUUGCCCCUGGAAGCGGGUGUCAGAGCCGUGGUCCUCACCUCCCAGUACCUGAUGGAGCCCUGUGGGAUGGGGCGCUCCAAAGUGACCCACAUCUGCCGUGCGGAUCUCAGGGGGCGAUCUCCUGAAUGGUACAACAAAGUCUUUGGGCAUCUUUGCGCUAUGGAGUUGGCCAGGAUCCGAGACUCCUUCCCAGCUCUCAACCCAAGUGGUCCAGAGACCAAGAUCUGAAGAGGUCCAUCUUCUCCCAAGUCUGGUGCUGCUGGAGCAAGAAGUGGCCUUAGGUGCACGGAAAAGUCUUUUCCAUCAUCAGACCAUUGGUGCCUUCCCACCCCCUACUUGCUAAGGGGCAUCUGCCAUGGUUCCUCUUGAGGAAAUGUAUGAGUUGAGUCUCCAGGUUGACUAUCGAAAAGAACAUCUGUGUUGUCGUUUCCUAGUUCAGCAGAACAUCUCACCACUCAGACGUGACCUGGGAUUCUUCUCCUUGAGGCUCCAGGGUCUCCAUCCAUGCCUCACCUGAAGAGGAUCUUUCCAAAUGGCUGCUGGGUGUGAGGGUCACCUGCUCUCUCUGCAGCGGGAUGCCCUGGAAGCAUGAGCAGGAGGGUGCUGUUGGGCUACCAUCCUGCUUGAGGGCUUCCUUCGCCUUGUGGUAUCUGUUUGGGGAGAGUCCUUCAACCAUCAGGGCACAUCUCAUGCCGUUCUGUCCAGCAGCCACACACUCAUUUCAGGGAAAAGGGGGCAGUAACAGCCCCAAAUAACAGGUGAUGGCAUCCAGGUGAAGUAGACGAGGAGCUGUCAUGAACAUUGGGGUGCAUGUCCUCCUCAGGUAGGAAGGGACCACAUUCAACUAGUAGUGUCUCCGGUUUCAAGGGUUCUUAGACAUUGAUGGAAGAACAUCACCAGCCAGCAUAGCCAAGCCUGGGCUCCGUAGGUCAAUGGUGGUCUGGUGCAGAAGGAGACCUCUGAAGAGCCAUCUUUGAAUAGCCAACCUUUUUGACUAGCCGGUGGCUCAUCUCUUUAACCCAGCACCGGAAGUCAACUGAAGCAGCGAUGGAGGUGGGGCAGGGCAGGAGGAUUUAAAGAUGGCCAGGGUGUCACCAUGUUUGUGAACUGAAGAGUAGCAACCCAGGGGAUAAUGAAGGAGGUGUGGUGUGUGUAGAAAGCCUUGCAGUACAUAUGUGGUUUUUCCUUGCAAUGUUGUCGCAAAUAGCAUAUACGUAUGUGCCUGGAUGUGUGUGAGAGGGAAAGAGAGAGAUUAUUGGGUUAUGGAGGCCCGAAGCCUGCUGUUGGUGGCUCUUACUAGCUAGUUGAUCUCCAGAAUUCUCCACCACUGUUACAAUAGCAUUUUUUCUUGCUAAAUUGAUUGUCUGACUUUGGCUAAUACUGGCCUGUGAGUAACCCUGUUUUUUUAAAAAAAAAAUCCCAAAAAACCCAAAAAACAAAAAAGGAGAGGCCUAGCUGACGAAAGGGCUGUAAGUAGAGAAAAUCGUUCCUGCAAGCAAACCUGAUCUGUUAGAAAAGUGUCCGAGGGGACACACCAAAUGCUCUUGUCAAUUCUGUGGUUUUCCUUUCUUUCCCUCUUUUAACAGAAACCAUGCUUUCUGUUUGUGAGUCUGUACUGUAUUAUUCAUGUCUUCCAGGGGACUAUUCUUUUCUAAUCAAUAUAAAUGUUUCCUUUCACACCUACCUAUAAAUAUUGUACAGUUAUAAUAUUAAUUUAAUAUAUAACUUGGAUGUGAGAGCGUGUUUUGUAUUUAAGAAUUCUUUUUGUACCGUACAUCAAGAGGAAAGAGAAGGCCGUUCUUCUCUGUUUGUAUGAUAUAUAAAGUACUAACAGAACUGUUGGUCUAAUGCA